CGGAUCCGCAGAGGAAACGAAGGCAGAUCGCGCUCGAGAGGGCGGCAGCCGAGAAAAAAGGGGUUGGCGUCGAUCUCGCGCCGGUUUCAAACCUGACGGCGGCUAUGGAUGAUUCUGAUCUUGGGUUUGUGGACACUGUGGCCGGAAAGCUGAAGAAGCGCAAGGCAGUUGAAACCCCGGAACAGAUCGAGGCCGAGAAGAGAAGGAGAGAAGAAGAGGCCAGGGCCAAGAUCGAGCGAGAAGCCAGGCUGGCGGCUAAGCUCGAGAAGGAGAAUGUCAAAUGGAAACAGGUCUGGCCGGAGGGUGACCUCCUGCAAUGCUACGCAUGCGUACGCCGCUCCGGCGUUGGGCUUUGCGAGUGGGUCAACUCCAAGCACCAGAAGGUUCCGCGACAAUUUCAUCCCAUCAUGCGCGUCCCGAUGUGCGAUGCCUGCUACAUUCAUUAUCACAAUCAAGAUUUCCAGGUAAACUGGAACGAGGAAUCCGGGAAGAUGGAGCACGAUACCUGCCGCCUCUGUGCGACGGAAGGGCACCUUGUUUUUUGUGGCAACCCCGAGUGCGCGCAGGCGUUUUGCCAGGACUGCAUAUUACGAAUGGUGGGGCAGGAGGAUCUGGACGAGAUCCUCGAACGCGACCCGUGGGUUUGCUUCUGCUGCGAGCCCAAGCCGAUCGAGCACCUCGAGGUUCGCUGGGAGUGAUCGCGCCGCCGGGAGCUAGAAGAAGAGUUGGUUGAGAGCAGAAAACACACGAGCGAUUUAACGGAGCUCCCUUUCUUC